ACUGCACUCAGUGGAUGCUGUACUAGAGACAUUUUCUUAGUUACCACCAAAGGAAAGGUUCCCUGCCUCCAUAAACUGAGUCCCUAGAGAAUUUAGAGGAUUUUCAACAUACACACCAAAAACACCAAAGUCAUGGCAGUCCAGCAGCAGGUUGUUUCAGUGACAACCUACUCAACCAAUAAUUCUGGCAUAUGGACCACAGGCCUCUACGACUGCUGCUCAGAUAUGGGCACAUGUUGCUGUGGCCUGUGGUGUUUCCCCUGCUUGCAGUGCCAGACUGUUUCUCAGUUCGGCUGGUGUUUCUGCUUGCCCCUUCUGGACUGCUGCUUUACCGUCUCCUGCAGCCUCCGCAGCAAUAUAAGAAAGCGCUACGGCAUUCAAGGAUCCUGCUGCGAUGACUGCUGCACACUGUGUUUCUGCUACCUGUGUGCCUGGUGCCAGAUGUCUCGUGAGAUAAAGAUCCGUGCUCACGCCACAACUUCGCCACAGCUCAUCACAAAUGUGGUUACUCAGCAAAUUCGUGUCUAAGCGGACUGCCACAAGAAUCUGGCCUUUUACUGUUUGAAGGUUCAAAAUGUUCAGUACAUUUAAGAGGGAGACAAAACCAGUGUAUCUUAAGUUUUAUAACAACUAAUUAUCAUAAUAAUAUAAUAACUGACUUUACAAAAAAAAAAUAUUUCAGUU